GCGGCAGGACGCGGCCUCUGUGCGUUCGUGGCCGAGCUACAGCGAUGUGUCAUGGGAUAUUCAAUUGUUUGUAAAUAUUUUGCGUAUAUAUAAACUUUUUUUCUACGUUCCACUUGACGCGACGCGAAGUCCGUUCCACCGUGAAAGCGUCGCUAGUUUCCGUACGCAGGUUGCACGAUCCCGUCGUGUACAGAGCGACUGUGUAUGGGCGGCUUGAGAUCGGUCAACAAUGUCGACGUUAGCAACACCUCGGAAAUUGCCGAUCUUUGUAUUUCCGCAGAGCAUCACGUUCUACUUGGACGACCAGUCCACCCACAAGCAAGUGUUAACUUUGUAUAACCCAUAUGAAUUCCCUGUAAAAUUCAGAGUCCUGUGUACCGCGCCAUACAAGUAUCAGGUAGUCGAUCCGGAGGGCGUGAUAAAGGCCAGUUCCUGUGUCGAUAUUGUCGUCAGACAUACGGCGACCUUGGCAAGUAACUGCAAUGUGAUCGACAAAUUUAGAAUACACAUGCACGAGUAUCCCACCAAACAGGUGAUCGGUAAGAGAGAUGUAGAAGCUAAGCUUCUCCCUGGAAUAAUGGAUACUGGGAGGGCAACGCCAGAUCCAGAUGUCUUUCAGCAACUUCCAUUAAAUGAGAAUAGGCAGCAGGAAUCCUAUGCGCUUAUAAGCCGAAAUAAGACGAUGGACAGAGGUACAAAUUAUGUAGCGCUUAUCGCAGGAAUUAUAUGUAUAAUUGGGCUACUUAUGCCAACUGAAGGAGAAAAGAACCAUAGGAUGCCUGAUUACCUCCAUCUCUCUGUAAAUUUCAAAUUAAUAUUCUCAUUUGUAUUAGGUAUGGUUGCAAAUAUCGUGUUAGGAUUAUAAACCUUAGACUUUUAUACAAACGGAAACUUUAUAUACAGGAUAAAAAUUUCUAGGAUAAAAGCACAAUUACUACAAGACUUCGUGACACUGGGCCUCCUUUCUUAUGAAAUGUAUUCGAUUCUAGUCUACAAAUGAUAAAUUUCAAUUGUA